AUGAAACUGUUCGUAGUGUUGGCACUGUUUGUGGCUUCGGUCGUUGCCGGCCCGGAGGAGGAUGUGUGGCUGCAGUACAACCGCCGCCAGCCGGGAGGAGGUAUCCGAGUGGAGCAGGAUCGCCCACCGUUCCAGGGCCGCAUCGUCGGGGGCACUGAUGCCAACAUUGCCAACUACCCGUACCAGCUUUCUCUGCGCCGUGUAUCGCACAGCUGCGGUGCCUCCGUGAUCGCCGCUCGCUGGGCCCUGUCUGCCGCUCACUGUACCUUCCCGGUGCCGGCCGUGACUGCCGUCUCGCUCCAGGGCGGCAGCUCGGACCGCACCCAGGGUGGCAUCGUUUUCGCCAUCGAAGAAAUUAUCAACCAUCCGCAGUACAACGACUUCAAUCUGGAAAACGAUGUGUGCGUCCUGCGUACGGCCGUUGAUUUGGUGGGACCCAACAUCUCUCCGAUCGGUCUCGAUGUCUCGGGAGCUACGCAUGUGCCUGGUAGCCGCGCCGUCCUCAGCGGAUGGGGAAUCGACGGCACUAACACCCUUCCAAUUAUUCUACAACGCGUCGACAUCCCCGUUGUGGAUCAAGCCGUGUGCGCAGGUGCAUGGCCGUCCGGCUGGGUUACUCCAGAUAUGAUCUGCGCCAGCGAGCCAGGCCGAGAUGCUUGCAACGGUGACAGCGGUGGCCCGCUGGUCGUUGCUGGACACCAGAUCGGUAUUGUGUCCUGGGGCGAUGCUGCCUGCGUUGGAACCAGCCCCGGAGUGUUUGCGCGCGUUGCCUUCCCGCUCAUCCGCAGCUUCAUUCAGUCGACGACUGGAGUGUAA